AUGAUGACAGACGAAGCUGAAGGUGUUACAGAAGUCGUUUCGUAUCUAGCUGAUCUGCACGCCGCAACGCCUACUUCUAGUAUAUCUCACGGAGACGAUCACGCGGACGCGCUUCUUGAGGAUAGUGAGGCGCUACAGGACGACAACGUCAGUCAAGUAUCACUUCCAGUGAAUCUAGCUGCAGGCGCUGAAUUUCGACUUAGAACGAAGGAAUACACUGACACUGACUGUAGGCGUGGCUUUCAAGACGAAUUUCAAUUUUGUGACAACACUAGCGAUCAACUGAGGCAAAUCUUGGGAAAGUCGUCUUAUCUAGACAGUACCGACGAGAUGGACGACAGCAGGACAAACGAACACAAGGUUAGAGAAUUUGCUGAGGCUGCCUCAAGCUCUAUAGAUCUUGAUAUAAAGAAACAUCCUUCAAGCAAAAAAGGUAAUCAUAGGCAACGAGAUCAAAAACAAGAAGCAUCACAUUUGGGCAUGCUUGACGGAAAACAGCCGUCAAGCAGCAGCUUUGUUGAUGGAAAUGAAGAAAAUGAGGAUGAAAAUCUAACUGACAUGAUGCCCAGAAGUGCAUCAACUCCUUCAAUGCCAGCAGAGGGACUUCAACCUUGUGAAACACAUUAUCCUAUUUUCCGUAGAAGAUCUGCAGAACUAAGAUCGUCUGUCAGUCCAACAGGAAAGUUGUCUGGUGGGCAUUAUGGAAUGACUGGAUUUUGUGGAAAGUCAUCAGCUGUUCCCUUAUCAAGACCUGUUAGUGUAGAAGCUGGCUUGGCAGCUAUGGGUCUUAGGGAAGAAAUGUCUCCUGUCCAAGGAUAUCAAAGUGUUCCUUUGUACCACAGAAACGGAAGUGAAUCAACAUUAUGGGAUCAAGAGAAGGAAAAACUUCAAAGCCAGCUUAAGCUUUCAAGAGAUGCUAUAGCCUCUCUGCAAGCUGAAAAUAACAUCAUUAAAAGCAAGUUUAGCAAAAUGCCAGGUGUUGUUCAGCAGUUGAAAGAACAAUUGAACCAGUCUCAUGCCAAACUGGAUUACGAAAAGCAUCAGCAUUUGCUGGAAGUUAGCCAGAUGCAGAGGAAACUGAGAUUUGAACAAGAAAAGCAUGAGAGAGAAGCUGAACAAGUUUUUAGGGAAGUUGUGAGAGAAAGAGACAGCCUAAAGGCAGAGGUUACUGCCCUAAAUAAGUCAGUUGAUGCUUUGAAGAAAGAAAGCAAUCAAUUAAAACUAACUGCUGAGAGCAGUCUUAAAGAUCACCAAAAGUCUACACAAGCAACAUUAUUUGCAUUAAAGGUGGCUUGAGUCUUCGUGAAUCCACAGGAACAGCUUCAGCUGCUUUUCUUGCAAGCUGUAACGCAACUCGAUUGUUGUCUAUACAUCUGUUGGCCUUGAUACAUAAGCCCAUAGUCACGUCACCCUUACAGGUUUCUAAUAAUCUGUGUUUGGAAGGGAAGGUGAAUCGGAAACCUACCUACAUCACCUUCUUCCUGGUUUUGUGCCUAAUCUUUGCUUGGCUACUCAACACUAGCUUCAAUCACUUCUGACACAACUUUGUAGCAUGACGUGAAAGGCACGGUUAGUCUAUGUGACUGUGCUCGAGUCAACUCCAUAUUUGCUCAACAUAUGGGAUCAUGGUUGCGAGCAACUCCUAAUUGCAAUUUGGGCUUCACAAUGCCUCCCAAUGAGUUUAUACUAUCUUUGCGUUAUUGUUGGGUAUCCCCUUUCUCAUCCAAUGCUGGUUUUAAGAGAUGUGCUUGUGGUCAAACUUUUGCUCGGUUUGGUGAUCAUUUGCUAAGAUGUGGCCACAGCAAUUUGAGAAUUAGACGACAUGAUGCUCUUACUGAUGUGUUGUUUCAUGCUCUUCAGGCUGAUAACUCUUAACUGCAGGAAAGAACAACAUUGCGAAAGUGACAGCUUCACAAGGUCAGGUGAUAUAUUUCACCCUGAUUUGAUCAAGGACGAUCGACAUACUUUGACAUUACAGUGAGAAAUUCUCUGCAUCUGCUAUAUCUUGUUCAAGCGGCAAACCAUGCUGUUGCUGCUGCAGAGGCAAGAGAGCAGGACAAAGACGACCAUCAUGAAAGUCAUGUAACAGCAGCUGGUGGUGUCUUUCAUCCCUUGGUCUGCGAAUCCUUGUGCCUCUGGUUACCUCACAGUCAUCAUGUCAUUAAGGCUAUUCCACGAUGGUUGUCUUUUAAGGGACUAUGACAGUCAGUAAAGCUGUUGGAAAUCUUCAUGAACAAUUAUAUGUUAAAUUAUGGUCCUACAAUGCCAAGAUGUUGCUUUGUAGAUUAGCUUUACAGGAAUGACCUUGUACUUUUUGGCGUUUAGUUUUAGUAUUGAUUGUAUAUAUAUUAUAUACAUUAUAUCCUGGA